GGCAUGGCGGCGCCGGGCGCCUAGUGCCGCACGUGUGGCUGUCGGUGCGGGGCUGCGAUCCCCGCCAGCACUGCUGCCGCCAUGAAGAGCAAGCCCCCAGCCCACCAGUCGGGGAAUACGCACCGGUUUCUUACCUUUUCGGAACGCUUAAGCAAUGUUAACAUCGACAUCAUUCAUCGGAUUGACAGGACUGGGAGCUACGCUGAGGAGGUUGAAACCUACUUCUCUGAAGGACUCCGGAAAUGGAGGGAACUGAACCUCACUCAACACUUUGUGCAAUUCUACUGUGAAGUGGCCAACAAAUGCCAGUCCUUCAACCAGUUGGUCUAUUACCAGAACACCAUUGUUCAGAGCUUGAAGACACAUUUGCAAGUCGAAGGCAGUCUUGCUUAUCAACCCCUUUUAGAUCUAGUGGUGCAGCUGGCUCGAGACCUUCAAACUGAUUUCUAUCCUCAUUUUCAUGACUUUUUCCUGGCCAUCACCAAGUUACUGGAUACACAGGACACAGAGCUGCUGGAAUGGGCUUUUUCCUCUCUUUCCUAUCUCUACAAAUACUUGUGGAGGUUGAUGGUGAAGGAUAUACACAACAUAUACAGGAUGUACAGCACCUUACUGGCUCACCACAAACUUCACAUCAGAAACUUUGCUGCUGAAAGUUUUGUCUUCCUAAUGAGAAAGGUUGCUGAUAAAAAUGCAAUCUUCAAUCUAAUGCUGUGUGACCUGGGGGAGCACCCCAAGAAGGUGGAAGGUGUAGGACAGCUACUCUUUGAGAUGUGCAAGGGUGUUCGAAGCAUGUUCCACUCGUGUGCAGAGACGGUUAUGAAGUUAAUUCUGGUAAAGCUGGGGCCUGUUACUGAAGAAGAAGUUGAAUUGCCAUGGGUAGCUGUAGGAGAAGCCUUUGAGCAGAUGAUCAGAUCAGCUGUACUCCAUAUCCAUAAGGAACAUUUUGCCAUUGUCUUCAAGUGCCUAGAGGAGUCACUUUUAGACCUGCAGAGGAAAAUAACUAAGACCAACUGCUGUGUGGCUUCAGAGCAGAUGGAAAGGGUUCUGCAAGCUUAUCUGAUCCUAGUGCAACAUGCAAAUGGAUCCAAAAUCUCACUGCCUGAAGAUGUCUGUCGGAUUUUAAUCAAAAUGUUACAAACACCACAUCUCUCAUCAUCUUGCUGCACCACCCUGCUGAACACCAUUUCUGCAUUCCUGCUGGCUGAAAAUGUUUCCUUGCCUGAUUCUUUGACCAAGGAAGCUAUUGAGAAGGUGUUUGCCAGUGGAUUUGAGCAGCACUUCCUUUUGGACUUCUCCGAAGCCAUGUUCACAAUGAAGCAAUUUGAGAGGCAUUUUCUUCCAUGCUUUCUAGCAUACAUUGAGCAUUGCUUCUCUGGCACCAAUGUCACUGCAAAGGAUGAAGCAAUGGCAAUUCUGGCUAAACUCAUUCUGGUGAAAGCAGAGCCUCCUACCAUUGGUUCCAUGGCAUUUGAAAAGUAUCCUCUUGUUUUCACUGAAUCAUCUGUCAGCUCUAAUAUCAGGCAACAAACAAGUAAAAGAGAAGGAAAAAAGGCAGCAGUACCAGUGUUGGAUCAUGUACUGUCUUUAAUCCAUUUCCCAGAGGAGGAGGAGAUCACCGACCUUUCACAGCCGUGGGUUGCCUUGGUUGUACUGCCACAUAUUAGACCAAUGGAGAAGGAGAACAUUCUGCCUCGUGUGACAAGUUUCAUAGCUUCUCUCUUUGCAGCCAUUGACAAAGGGAGCCUCUGCAAAGGAAGCCUGUUUGUGGCCUGCCAAGCUGUAAGUACUCUUCUUAGUUUGGCAGAGUCUUCUGAAAUACUCCAUUUGUUACCUGUGGAGCGUGUCAAGAGCUUAGUGACCACCUUUCCUUCAGACCCCUCUGCGUUGCUGCUGGCGGAUCUCUAUUACACGAGGCUGGCAUUGUGUGGCUGCCAGGAACCCCUUUCCCAAGAGAAUCUCAUGGACUUGUUGGAGAAGUUGCAUCCUAACAUUUCCACUGGUGUUUCCAAGGUCCGGCUGUUGACUGUUCGUAUUCUAAACCAUUUUGAGAAUCCACCUUCAGCACAAAUCGAGGGUGGUGACACAGGGGAACUUCAGCCAAUAUUUGCCACACUGCUCCAAGCAGAACUUGUGCCAGCAACAGUGAAUGAUUACAGGGAGAAACUCCUUCAUUUGAGGAAACUAAGAUGUGAUAUAGUCAAGUCUGCAGUACCAAAUGAAUCUUUGCAAGAGGUGCCUCUUCGAUAUCUGCUGGGGAUGCUUUAUAUUAACUUCAGCCCUCUCUGGGAUCCUGUAAUUGAGCUCAUAACUUCUCAUGCAAAGGAGAUGGAGAAUAAACAGUUCUGGAAGGUCUUAUACGAACAUUUGGAGAAGGCUGCUACUUAUGCAGAAAUGGAGCUGCAAAAUGAACUAGAUGAACAGGAGGAAAGCACUGCUGAAAUAGAAAGCAAGAAGAUGCCAGAAGGAGGAGUGGGAGCUGUCUUCCUGGAGCAGCUGAGCAUCAGAACAGAUUGCAGCGAGCGGCUGGACCACACAAACUUCCGUUUUCUGCUGUGGAAGGCACUGGCUAAGUUUCCAGACAGAGUGGAGCCUAGGUCAAGAGAACUUUCCCCACUUCUUUUGAGAUUUAUUAGAAAUGAGUACUACCCAGCAGAUUCACUAGUGGCUCCAUCUCAGGAUCUCAGAAAGAAAACUCAUGGUACAGUCGUAGCAAAAGAAGUACCUGGUGAAGGGGUGAAUGAUGUUGCUAUGGAAGAGGAGGAGGAGGAAGAAGAAAAGGAAGAAGAAAAGGAAGAAGGAGAACCAAUCACUCUAGGACUACCAAAAAGGAAAACAAGAAGAGCUGCUGCUAAGCAACUCAUAGCCCAUUUACAAGUUUUCUCUAAGUUCUCCAACCCCCGCGCGUUGUACCUGGAGCCGAAGCUGAACGCGUUAUAUACCCAGUUACUGUCCCAUCAAGACCAGAAUGUACAGAGAAUAGCUCUUGACUGCAUAAUGACAUACAAGCACCCUCACCUACUGCCAUACAGGGAGAACUUGCAAAGGCUGCUGGAGGACAAGAGUUUUAAAGAAGAAAUAGUCCACUUCAGUAUUUCUGAGGAGACUGCAGUAGUGAAAGCAGAGCAUCGACCAGAUCUCAUUCCUGUGCUUAUGAGAAUUCUCUAUGGCAGAAUGAGGAACAAAACAGGGAACAAAACCCAGGGCAAGUCUUCAGCGAGCACUCGCAUGUCAAUCGUUCUGCGGUUCCUGGCCGGCUCAUUGCCAGAAGAGAUCAGGAUGUUCUUGGAUCUGCUCUUUGAAGCUGUGAAGCAGUUCAGUAAUGGACCUUGCCAGAGUGCAGUGCUUCAAAGUAUGUCAGAGCUGGAUUUAGCUAAAGUCCUGCCUCUUGGACGUCAGCAUAGCCUCUUCAAUGGUCUUGAAGUCGUGUUGAAAAACAUGGGACAUUUGAUCCAUCAGUACCUGCCUGAAAUUCUGCAGAUUCUGCUCUGCAUGACAGCUGUGGUAUCCUGCAUCCUCCAGCAAAGAGAGAAGGUCCAACCUAGGUUGAUUAAUCCACUGAAAAAUUUGAGACGUCUUGGACUCAAGCUUGUGGUGGAGUUUUUUACUGAUUAUGAGACCUACAGCUUUAGUGUGGAAGAGAUUGAUGCAGUUUUCCAUGCAGUGGUAUGGCCUCAGGUCUGCAGAUUAGCUUCAGAGAGUCAAUAUUCUCCAACGUUCCUGCUCAAACUCAUUCACAGCUGGAGUAAAAAUCCCAGGUAUUUUCCCUUGCUGGCCAAGCAGAAGCCAGAUCAUCCUGAGUAUGAUAUACUGAGCAAUGUGUUUGCUGUGCUGUCAGCCAAGAACCUGUCUGAAGCUACAUCCAGCCUUGUGAUGGACAUAGCUGAUAGCCUUCUCAACAGCCCAGAUUUUGAACCCACGGAGCAGGUUUGCAGCCUGAGCGUGACUGGCUGUGUUGUCCCUGGAGACAUAACAGAAGAGACCCUCAGCCUAGGUUGCCUCUUGGUUCUGCCUCAUGUUCCUGCCAUACUUCAGUACUUCAGCAAAACAAUGUUAAACGUGGAGAAGGUGAAAAAGAAGAAGUACAGAGCUCAAGUCAGCAAAGAGCUGAGUAUACUUUCCAAGAUCAGCAAAUUUAUCCAAGAAAAGAGUCAGAACUCAGUGCUUGUGAGCCUUCUCCUGCCUUUCCUUUAUCAGAGUAACAUGGAGCAGGGUACAGAGAUUGACAUUCUGGAGACAGUGCAGAACUUGCUGAGGCAUUGCUCAAAUCCCACAAGCUUUCUCAAACCCCUGGCAAAGCUUUUUUCUGUCAUCCAGAACAAACUGUCUCGGCACAAAUUGUGCUUGGUGUUUCAGACUUUGUCUGAUUUGGACAGUGCAUUGACCUACAUUACUGAUGUUGUUAAGCUGAAUGCCUUUGAUAAACGACAUCUUGAUGACAUCGACUUCGACAUGCGCCUGUCAGCUUUUCAGUCAAUCACAGCCCACAUCAAGGAAAUGCAAGCAGUGGACAGUGACUUCCUCAUCCCUGUUAUGCACAACUGCUUCUACACCAUCCAGCUCGGGGACAUGGCUCUCAGUGACAACGCAAACCUUUGCUUAACCGCUUUGAUUCGCCGCCUGGCAGAAAUCGACCACACGGAGGAGGACUACAAGGAGCUAAUCCAGCACACUCUCCUGGAGUCUGUGAGGAGAGGGCUGAAGAGUAAGACUGAGAGCAUCCAGCAGGACUACACAUCACUGCUUUCCUGCCUCAUCCAAACAUUCCCAGCAAAUCCAGAAUUCCGGGAUUUGGUUCAGCUGACCAACCGCACCGAUCCCGACAUGGACUUCUUUGAGAACAUGAAACACAUGCAGAUCCACAGGAGGGCACGAGCUCUGAGGAAACUGGCUAAGCAGCUCACUGAGAGAAAGCUUGUGCUGUCUUCCAAGUCCCUGCAGAACUACAUCAUGCCUUAUGCUACUACUGCAAUUUUUGAUGACAAAAUGCUCAAGCAUGAAAAUAUGGUAACAGCCUCAGUUGAAGUAGUUGGAGCUGUCUGCCAACAUCUCUCAUGGUCUGCAUACUUGUACCAUUUGAAGCAUUUCAUCCAUGUCCUGCAAACAGGACAGAUCAGCCCGAAGCUGGGAGUCAGCUUGUUAGAGACAGUGCUGGAAGCCUUUCACUUUGACCAUGAAACACUUGAAAAGCAGCUUGUGACCAUUGACAACCAAGAAGCUGCUGCCAUGGACCUUGAGCCAGUGGUGGAGGCUGAAGAAGCUAUGGAAGAGGAAGAAGAAAGUGUUGAGAAAAAGAAAGAGAAGAGUCCUCCUGAGGAGCCAGCAGAACCUGACCAAGCAGCUGAGACAGCUGAAGAUGUUAAGGAAGUGACCAAACCUGUUUCUUUCUUACCCCGAAAUAAAGAGGAGCUGGAGUGUCUAAUCAAACACAUUCAAGACACAGUUACAGUCAACAUCUUGCCUAAGCUGCACAGGUGUAUUGUUGCAAAGGUUAAGAGAGAUGAGGAGCACAAGCUUGUGAAGUCCAGCGGUGUGAACGAUGAUGAGGUCGUUCGGAUUCCCUUAGCUUUUGCCAUGGUUAGGAUGAUGCAGUGUCUUCCCCAGGAGGUGAUGGAAGCCAACCUGCCCAGCAUCCUGCUGAAGGUCUGCACGUUUCUGAGGAACAGGUUCCAGGAAAUCCGGGACGUUGCCCGCAACACCCUCACUAAAAUCAUGGAAGUGUUGGGAGUGCAGUACCUUCUGUACAUCUUGAAAGAGAUGCAGUCCACUCUUGUCCAUGGCUACCAGCUACAUGUGCUGACCUUCACUGUGAACCUCUUACUGAAGGGCCUUGCUAACAGGCUCAGUGCUGGUGACUUGGACCCCUGCAUAGAUAUCCUGAUUGAGAUUUUCAACCAAGAAUUGUUUGGGAACAUAGCUGAAGAGAAGGAAGUGAAGGGGAUUGUCUCCAAGGUGAUGGAAGCACGCAAGAACAAGAGUUAUGAUUCCUAUGAGAUUCUUGGGAAGUUCAUAGGAAAGGGCCAGGUGAUGAAGCUUAUUCUGCCACUGAAAGAGGUUCUGGAGAGCACCGCAAGCUUGAAGAUAGUGCGCAAGGUGCACGAGGCACUGCGUCACAUCAUGGCAGGGCUGAUCUUCAACUCAGACAUGAAUGCAGAGUCCCUCCUCCUCCUCAGUCAUGGUCUCAUCAGUGAGAACUUGCCUCUGCUCACUGAGAAGGCCAAAAAGAAAGUUGCCCCUCCUCCAGAUCCUCGACUGCAACCAGAGAGCUGCCUGCUGCUCCAGCCCACUCCCACCAGAGGAGGGCAGAAAGCACGUGUCAGCAGCAGGACUAACACUUACAUCUUGGUGGAUUCAGGGCUUCGGUUGCUGCACAUGAGCCUGAAGAGGUCCAAAGUAAAUUCUUCUGAGGAGCACGCUUUGGAAAUGUUAGACCCUUUUGUCCAGCUGCUUAUAGACUGCCUGAAAUCUAUGGAUGUCAAGGUGAUAACUGGUGCUCUGCAGUCCUUGGUAUGGAUUUUAAAGUUCCCAUUGCCUUCUGUCAGUACGAAUCUGGAGUCACUGAUCAAGCAGCUUUUCCUCUUGCUGAAAGAAUUUGCCAAGACAGGAAUAGCCAAAGGCCACAAUUUCCACCUGGUUGUGAGCUGUUUCAAGUGUGUAACGAUCCUGGUGAAGAACGUGAAGAGCCAGAUAACGAGCAAGCAGCUCCAGGUGUUGCUUGGCUUUGCUGAAGAAGACAUCUAUGACUCCUCACGCCAAGCCACUGCCUUUGGCCUUCUCAAGGCUAUUCUGUCCAGGAAGCUGAUGGUCCCUGAAAUUGAUGAUGUGCUGCAGAAGGUUGCCCAGCUGGCCAUCACAGGCCAGAGCGAGCCAGUGCGAGUCCAGUGCAGGCAGAUUUACUUGAAGUAUAUUCUGGACUACCCCCUUGGUGUCAAGCUGAAACCCAAUUUGGAUUUUCUACUUGCACAACUGGAAUAUGAGUAUGAAACUGGAAGGGAAUCUGCACUGGAGAUGAUUGCCUACCUCCUGGACAUGUUCCCACAGGUCCUCCGCCAUAAAUACUGUGGGCUCUUCUUCCUCUCCCUUUGUAUGAUGAUGAUAAAUGAUGACUCUGCCAGAUGUAAAAAGAUGGCAGCUUUGGCCUGUAAAUCUCUCCUCAGCAAGAUAAGCACUGAAAAACAAGAUCUGAUGUUUUCCCUGGUCACACAGUGGUUUCACAGCACAAAGAGCUCACACAGGAGGUUGGCUGCCCAGGCCUGCGGUUUGUUUGUUGAAGUGGAGGGAGUGAUGUUUGAGCGGCGCCUGCCAGCUGUCCUCACCUUCAUUGACAAAGAAAUCAACCCAGCUAAGUUUGAAGAUAUAACUGAAGAGGAAGAGGAGAAGGCAGCAGACAGGCUGCUCUUCAGCUUUCUUGUGCUGGUAACAAAGCUAAUCACAGACUGCAACUUGAUUCAGUUAACCAGGAGCAAUGAUGUGGUGAGCAGUAUCUGGGGUCAUGUCCAGUCUCACCUGUGGUAUCCUCACAGCUGGGUCUGGCUGACAGCUACUGAGAUCUUUGGCUUGUUGUUUGCAUCUUACAAGCCAGAAGAUCUUGUCAAGAUGUGGAAGGAAAGAAAGGCAGGGAAGAAGAAACAGUCAUCAGCAAAGGUGUCAGCAUCCACAGCCUUCCUGACUGCUGAACUGGACAAGAAGAUGAAGGAACUUGCAUUUGCCUUCUGCCAUCAGCUGCAGUCCAAGUUCCUGGACCUGUCUCUGGGAGAGCAGGUCAUAAAGAAUUUGCUUUUUGUGGCAAAAGUCCUUUACUUGCUAGCACCUGCCUCAGGAGGAGGUCAAGAGGCAGAAGGAGAGGGCAGCUGUGAAGCAGAAGAGCAGGAGGGCUCAGAAGAUGAGGAAGAAAAGGCUGUUUCUGCUCAAGGAGAGGAGACAGAAGAGAAGGGCCAGCCAGCCACGCUGCUGUGGCUGAUGAAGAAGCUGUCGCUCCUGGCAAAGCGGGAAGCAGCAUAUUCCCCUAGGAUCUCUUUAAAGAGAAGCUGCAUCUUUAAGUUCCUGGGAGCAAUCUCAGUGGAUCUGGGGAACGACAGGAUCGGGCCAUACCUUCCAACAAUCCUCACCCCUCUGUACAGAGAGCUGAACAGCAACUACGCGGAGCAAGAUCCAACACUGAAGAACCUUUCCCAAGAAAUCAUAGAACUGCUCAAGAAGUUGGUUGGUUUGGAGGCUUUUUCGCUUGCCUUUUCCUCUGUGCAGAAACAGGCCAGUCAGAAAAGAGCCAUGAGGAAAAAGCAGAGGGCUUUGCAGGCUGUGGCAAACCCUGACAUUGCUGCAAGGAAGAAGCUGAAGAGACACAAGAAUAAGGCAGAAACCAGGAAAAGGAAAAUAGAAUUCCUGCGCCCUGCCUACAAGGCCAAGAGACCUCGAAGUCAUGCACUGAAGGAUUUAGCCAUGGUGGAAUGAAAAAGCUUUGCCUUCCUGGAGGAUUCAUUUCUAAGAAGUGUAAUUUCAAGCUAAAGAACUCAUUGCUGGUAAAGGAAAAAAAGGGUAUUUCCAUCUUUUCAUUGUAUUUAUUAGUGUUGUUUUCAGGUCCUCUUUUUCAGCUAGGAUCUUAAAAGCUUUUUUUCCAAGCCUGUAUAUUGACCAGAGCCUGUACAGAUGGAUGGACAAGCCCAUGGCUUUUGAUAUUAAAUUUUACUUCUUCCUUUUUAAAA